AUGCCCGCUCGCGGCGCGCAUACUGCGCCCAAGUUCGACUCCACGAAGCCAGAAGAGCUUCGUCGUUACUUCGCCGAUGUUGAGUACUUGAUGGGGCUAGCAAAUAUCACUACGACUGAGGAUAAGAAGAAAGCAUGCUCACGUUACCUUUCAGUCCAAGACCAGGAGCUCGUUGAAGGUCUUGACGAGUUCCAUGAUGCCACUAAGACGUACGAUGAGUUUAAGAAAGCCGCGCUCUCGCACUACGCUGGAAACGAUGAGGAGCACUUGUAUACACUCAAAGAUUGGGACGCUCACCUUGGUAGCACGGCCCGCGUCGGCAUCCACUCCGAGAACGAGCUCGCUGCGUUCUUCCGAACCUUCGUUCGCAUCGCCAAGUUUCUCAUUUCGAAGAAACGGCUUUCUGAGACUGAACAGAGCCACGCAUUCUUGCGUGCUCUCCAGCCCGCCUCGCUUCAAGCGGCUGUGAAGCAACGGCUUCAGAUCAUCCGCCCGAACGUCCACGCGGACGACCCGUAUGCGCUCGCCGACCUGUACGAUGCUGCAAAGUUCUGCCUUGCCGGCUCGCCGUCCCUGCUGUUGAACGCGGCACCAACCCCGAGCCCCGCUGAACCUGUGGUCAAGACGGACCCCGAGCUGAAGGCGGUGCUCACCUCUAUAAGUCAGCUUGUUGCCGUGCUCGCCAGUCAAGCACGCACCAAUGCUGCCCCCAGCCAAUCCCCCCCAGACACCCAGCAACGCCAACCCCUCCGCGAAUCCCGGCCGCUCCUCCGGACAGCGCCACCCCGGCUGCAGCUAUUGCCUCGACCUCACCCACUUCAUGCGCGAGUGCCAGAAGUUGAUUGA